UCAUUAUCUGACAGCAGACCCCUUUCAUUCGAUAUGAAAAGAAAAUCUAUUUUUUCGGGUCCAACACUUGCAAAAGACGUUUUGGCGUUAUCAAGGAGUACAGGAACCUUGGUAUGACGCCGUGGCACAGAGUCCUGUCGCCAAGAAGAAUACGCCUAGAAAUAUGAUGAAACAGCAGAUAACUUGUGGCUUAGCUGGGAUCACUGUCAGUUUAAUCAGGUGACAGUCUUAAGGAAUGGACUUGAGAUUAUUCUACCUAGGAGUGACAUUAUUAUGGGUACACACAGCUCAGUGUCAGUCUAACAGAGCACCUAACUGGGUGGAAGACCUCAGUAGUAUCAUCUCUAUACAGGGGAUAAGGGAAGGGUUGCCAAUAGGAUCUGAGAUAGGUACAUUAAUAGCAGAAGACCCUGAAAAUGACCCUGUCUCGUACACAACCACUAGCGACACCUUUAAUGUGGACAGGACAUCAGGACUGGUGACACUGGCCAAGAACCUGGAUUAUGAGAGCACAGAUCAAAAUUUAAAAGUCCAGUUUGUGGCCUCAGAUAACCUCAACAACAGGAGUCCAGUGGAUUUAAAUGUGGCAAUAAUAGAUGUCAAUGAUAAUCCUCCAGUAUUUCUCAACUCAGAAAACUACAACAGCAAAGUCAGAGAGGACGCAGCUGUAGGGGAAGUGCUGACCAAUGACCAAAAUGCUGUCAGAAUUCGGGACGUGGACACCCAGGAGAACGCCAAGGUGACCCUCAGGUGUUACUACCAGAGUCUGAGAGAUGUACAGGCCUAUGAAGCCUGCCAGAUGUUCAAUGUCACUGAAGUUAAAGUGGACACGGGGGUUUACCUGGCGAAGAUAACUCUCAAUAAACCCCUGGACUUUGAGACCAAGAGAAGUUAUACCCUCACAAUGCGUGCUACGGAUGGCGUACAUGAAGAUUACAAGAAUUUUGUCAUUGAAGUUGAAGAUGUCCAAGAUUCAUUGCCAAGAUUUUUCAACACCCCUAUUACCUUCAAUGUGACAGAAAAUGCCCCAGCUGGGACCAGUAUUUAUACUUUGUAUGCUGAAGAUCAGGAUUUGGGCAACCCUAACCCACUUAACAUCAAACUCAUAUCAGAUCCGCUGGGUUUCUUUACUCUGCAGCAAGGUACACCAGAGGGCAGCAGGUACUCCGCGGUGGUCAAGUCUUCAGGCAGGAUAGACCGCGAGAAGUUAGGGACAUCAAGUAACUACGUGAUUCUUGCUCAGGCUGUGGAGAUGGAGAAUGGAGUAGAGAUAUCCACCCAUGUGAAUACUACAAUCAUGGUGCAGGUAGUGGAUCUGAAUGACAACAGGCCACAGUUUGACCAUGAGGUCUAUGUGGUCAAUGUGACGGAGGGCUUGAGGCUGAAUACUCCACUGCCCAAUCUGGACAUCAGAGUGACCGAUGCUGACCAGGGUUCCAAUGCCAGAUUUAACCUCAGCAUCCUGCAGGACCCGUACGGCACGUUUUCACUAUCACCUGUGGAGACCCAGCAACGCGAGGCCAGACCAACGCUUAUUGUGGCCAAUGAGGACAAUAUGGACUAUGAUAGCGAGACAAGGGGAUUCCGCAAUCAGCAGAUUGUGUUGAAGGCCCAGGGUUUUGACGGCAGUUUUGACACAGCCACUGUGUUAGUAAACCUAAUAGACAUCAAUGACAACUCGCCCACCUUCUCCAGUCCUAUCUAUGACCUGAAGCUGAGGGAGGACCAGCCUCUUAAUGUGCCACUAGAUGUCACUAUAAAGGCUUCUGAUAAAGAUUCUGGAAUAUUUGGCCAAGUGAGAUACAACAUAUCUGGAGAUGGACAAGAGAAGUUCUACAUCAACCCCAGUUCAGGCACCCUGUCCCUAGUGUCUCCUCUCUCCAUUGAUUCUGGGGUCAGGGCCUAUCACAUCCAGGUGACAGCUACAGACGGGGGCGGAGAAUUUGACCGUGUCCCCCUCUAUGUCACUGUAUUGGACAACAAUGACAAUGCGCCUGUGUUUGACACCAGGACAUACAGGACCUCUGUGAUGGAAGAUGACACCUCUCUGGACCCUCCUAUCACUGUCAAGGCUGAGGACACUGACGCUGGUAGUGACAUAGGUUACAACAUCACCCAGGGAAACACGGCAGAUGCUGCCUUCCAGUUAGACCCUGUCUCUGGGGUGCUGACACUGACCCGAGGACUGAGAAUGACAGACACACCUGGAGGAACAGGACUGUAA